AUGGCCACCCAAGGAGAACCCCAAGUCCAGUUCAAACUCGUACUGGUGGGUGGUGGUGGUACUGGAAAAAUAACAUUUAUGAAACGUCACCUGACUGGUGAAUUUGAGAAGAAGUAUGUAGCUACCUUGGGCGUUGAGGUCCAUCCCCUUGUGUUCCAUCCUAACAGAGAACCUAUUAAAUUCAACGGGUGGGAUACAGCUGGUCAAGAAAAAUGUGGAGGACUGAGAGAUGGCUAUUAUAUUCAAGCCCAGUGCGCCAUUGUAAUGUUCGAUGUAACCCCUAAGGUUGCUUACAAGAAUGUGCCUGACUGGCAUAGGGAUCCAGUUCGAGUAUGUGAUAACAUACCCAUCGUGCUGUGUGGCAACAAAGUGGGUAUUAAGGACAGGAAAGUUAAGGCAACAUCCAUUGUCUUCCACCGAAAUAAGAACCUUCAGUACUGUGCCAUUUCUGCCACCAGUCACUGCCACUCUGACAAGCCCUUCCUUGGGCUUGCUGGAACACUCACUGGCGAUCCGAACUUGGGGUUUGUGGCCACGCCUGCUCUUGCCCCACCAGAGGUUGUUAGGGACCCGGCUUUGGCAGCCCAGUAG